AGGUAAAAUGGCCGGACACGUUCCAAGAACUGUCAGAAGACUGAUAGCUACACAAAUUAGUCCAAAGUUCAGAGAAAUAACAAAAAUCGUAGAAGCUCCUCUGAAAGAUUUGAAUCCUGGGGAGGUUCUUGUGAAAAAUAGAUAUGUAGGUAUCAAUGCUUCAGACAUAAAUUACACUGCUGGGAGAUAUGAUCCAUCUAUCAAACCACCGUUUGUCUGUGGAAUGGAGGGCCUUGGUGAGGUUGUCAGUGUGGGGUCAGGGGUCAAUAUGUCUCCAGGACAGGCAGUCAUGUACUGUAGAAAUGGCAGCUUUGCAGACUAUGUGCGAGUACCAGCCAAAGUCCUGACUAAGAUUCCCACAGCCUCUCCAGAGUUUCUGCCAUUCCAACUGAGUGGACCAACUGCAGCAGUAGCCUUAGAAAAGUUUGGGGACUUGAAGAAAGGAGAGACUGUGUUAGUUACAGCUGCAGCUGGUGGAACAGGGCAGUUUGCUGUCCAGUUGGCAAAGAAAGCUGGCUGUCAUGUAAUAGGAACAUGUUCUACAGAGGAGAAGGUGGAAUUCCUCAAGAAAUUAGGAUGUGACCGACCUAUUAACUACAAAAAAGAGGAUCUGGGAACAGUUUUGAGGACUGAAUACAAGCGUGGGAUUAAUGUGGUGUACGAGUCUGUCGGAGGAGAAACAUUUGACACCUGUUUGAACAGCCUGACUACUGAAGGUCGUCUCAUUGUCAUUGGGUUUAUAUCUGGCUACGAGUCUGACUUGGGCUUCACGCCAUCCAGAACCAUGGCCUCUCUUCCUGUCAGGUUGUUACAGAAGUCAGCGUGUGUUAGAGGAUUUUUUAUACCUCAUUUUGAGAAAGAUUGGAUGAAAUCUGCCUCAAAGCUGUCAGAACUGUAUAGCCAGGGAUCUCUUAAAAGUAUUAUUGACAAUGGAGAAACAACUUCUACCGGCCCUUUUAUUGGUCUGGAGAAAAUUGCAGAUGCAGUGGAGUAUAUGUACACCAAGAAAAAUUUGGGAAAGAUUGUGGUGGAAUUGAACAAACCAGGGACCAACAGCAAACUGUGACAAUAUAAUUUAACCAGUUAGCUACAUGCACCGGUCCAUAUUGGGGAAUGAUUUCAGCCAAUCAAAAACCAGAUUUGACUUCCAAUGUUUGUCAUAAAGAGACAGCUGUGGAAUAAUCAACAUUAGUGAUAUGAAAAGCCUUUUUGAUUCUCAUUAAUCAGUGGAUAAAUCUAUAAGCCAAUUGAACCAAUUAAUGUGCUAACCAAUCGGGUACCAAGCCUUUAGUAUGCAGUGAUAUAAUGUGGUUAUGUGAGAUUGCAAUGAGCUUGAUAGGGGAUGUCAUCUAAUCCAUUGUCAGACUCAUUGGUCUUUGAUAGGGGAUGUCAUCUAAUCCAUUGUCAGUCUCAUUGGUCUUUGAUAGGGGAUGUCAUCUAAUCCAUUGUCAGUCUCAUUGGUCUUUGAUAGGGGAUGUCAUCUAAUCCAUUGUCAGUCUCAUUGGUCUUUGAUAGGGGAUGUCAUCUAAUCCAUUGUCAGACUCAUUGGUCUUUGAUAGGGGAUGUCAUCUAAUCCAUUGUCAGACUCAUUGGUCUUUGAUAGGGGAUGUCAUCUAAUCCAUUGUCAGACUCAUUAGUCUUUCAUCCUGGAUGAAAUUGAGUUUCCAUUCUACUGACAUGUAGAUGGUUCAGCCUUGGCAUGUAAGGCAUCAUUCAGGGCACAUAUCAUUUUCUGAUGGUAAUGUCAUAAAAUCAUUGACAUAAAUAACAGUCAAGUGUAAAAAAUCCUGAAUGUUUUAAAGGUGCUAUUUAUAAAACAGAUGAUUAAUAUGAUCACAGAGAGAUAAAUGAUGACCUCACAGUUAUUUAAUUAAUGUGAUCAAUGGACAUCAGUUUGUGACAGAGAUAUUUAAUUAAUAUGAUCACUGGACAUCAGUUUGUCACAGAGAUAUUUAAUUAAUAUGAUCACUCGACAACAGUUUGUGACAGAGAUAUUUAAUUAAUAUGAUCACUUGACAACAGUUUGU